ACUUUCUAGUUUCUAUCGUCGUGUGACGUGUCGACCAAAUAAAUAAAAUCGGAUUUAUCUGGAGAGAACGAAAAUUGUGGCGUAUUGGAUUUUUCUCUCGGCGUUCUUCUGAAUCUUCUUCCCUGUAUUGACGCGAGCCAACGACGGUUGCUGAUUCUUGAAAAGCGGCUACGCUUCCUAGAAGUUCAGGCAUUGAUACUGAGCUCGAGUAGAGCAAGAUACUAUCGGGCCAGUUAGAGAUGCCUCGGGACUUAUCAAGGUCUCGUUCACCUACAUGUCGUCGGAAAUUCUCACGGUCUCCUGCAAGGGAUAGGCAUAGCAGGAGGAGCCGAAGGGACAGGAGCCGUUCUCCAUACUCAUCUUAUUCGUAUAGCAGGUGAUCCCGUAUAUUUCCUGUGCUAUCUCUUUGUGCUGGUUGCUUGGUUUAUGCCCAGAACAAACUGUAAGAAAGGUUGGUGGAACUCAGAUAUGUGUCUUCCCGAUCAGAAAAGAUGUACGGAUCUUAUCCUUUGCUACUGGUUUCCUGUAGCAGUUUCUUAAUCAUCUAUCUUUCAUCCAAAAAGGGACGAGUAACCCGGACACUGCAGCAUUUAUUGUGUUCAUUUCUGGAACUAUGGUAACGUAACAUCAACUUUAGGCUAUAGCGUUCACUGUGGAAAGUGAUAGCAAGAACAAAUAUGAUUUAUCUUCUGAGGUGUAAGUCUUAGCAACCAGACAUAUAUGGUAAGAUGGAAUACUGUUUGUUACAUCAUUCAGCGUUCUUGUUGGCAAUAGUGUUUGCGUGCUCCUGGUCAAUUCAUAUGGUUUUCUAUAAAACAAUAGUGAUAACUAUGUUGGUGACUGUGUAAGCAAGAAGACUUGUGGGCUCUGUACUGUCGCAAAGAAGAUGCAUAUAAAUCAUGAGAACAUGACUAAGUAGUUAGUAAGAGGAUGCGUGCUCUUUAAGUUAUCGAAAGCUCAGUUUAUUCCCGUUGUAUGGGGGGGGAAGUGAGCUGGUGAUGGAUUGUUGAUUGAUGUUCUUUCAUUGAUCCAUCGUGACAUUAGCAUCUUCAUUUGGUAAAAGUUGGAGCUGGUUAUUCUUAACAGUGUAUGAGGCGAAAAAGUCGUUCUAUUUCUCCGAGAUGCCAUAGGAGUCGAUCUCCUACUUCCAGGCGUCGUUCUGAAACUCCAAGACAUCGCAAAAGACAAAGGAGUAGGAGUUCUUCUCUAUCUCUGGACCAUAGGUCUUCAACUCUUAGUCUUGGGGCAACAGAACCUAGGAAUGUGGGAGGAAAGCUUAGAAGAGAAGAAGAAGAGAGGAAAAGGCGGCAGCAGGAAGCGGAACUGAAGUUAAUAGAAGAAGAAACUGUGAAAAGGGUGGAGGAAGCUAUUAGGAAAAAGGUGGAGGAAAGCUUACAAUCUGAGGAAGUUAAAAUGGAGAUUCGAAAGAGGUUAGAGGAAGGACGGAAGAGGCUUCAUGAUAAAGUUGCGGCUCAGCUCGAGAAGGAAAAGGAAGCUGUUCUUAUCGAGGCAAGAGAAAAGGAGGAGCGAGACCGGAGGAAGAGGGAAGAGAUGGAGAGAGAUGCGGAAGAGAGGAGGAGGAAAGAGGAAGAAGAAGAGAGGAUAGAAGAGAUGGAGAGACAGAGGAAAGAGGAGGAAAGGUAUAGAGAGCUGGAAGAGCUUCAGAGGCAGAAAGAAGAGGCGAUGAGGGGGAAGAAAGCCCAAGAGGAAGAAGAACGGCUCAAACAGAUGAAACUUUUGGGCAAGAACAAGUCUCGCCCUAAACUUUCCUUUGCCCUUCUUGCCUCCAAAUGAUCUUUUGUUUUGUUUUUUUAUAAACUCUUUGUAUUAUUUCUAUUAUUACUGUUAUGAUUAUUAUGUUUUGUUUGUCUACUUCUUUUGGAACACCGUAUUAUACAUUACUUUUUUGUAAUAUUAUCAUUAU